CCAUCCGCGCCGCCCGCCGCUCGCCGCCCCGUCCCCAUCUGCGCCGCCCGCCGUCGUCCAGCGAUGGCCCCUGCGGUACUGAUGAGCGCGGCGGCGACAGCCACCCUGAUAUCGACCUACGCCAACUACAUCACGUUGGGCGCAGGCGCUGGAGCCACCGCCGGCACGAUUGGAUGGACGGCGGUCAGCUAUUUCAGGAAGGUGCCGUGCCCUUCGUGCAUGACGAUGGUCAGGCUCCGUGACUACAUCGAUCAUGCCAAGGGGCACACAUUCCAGUGCCCGUCGUGCCAGGAGCACGUCGCAUUCUCUGAUCUGGAGAGGCACGCCCAGAGGCAUGGCUUUCGUUGCCCGGCUUGCUACGAGGAAGUCCAGCUCGCCGACCUCGGCCCUCACCUGGAUCGCCACAGGUACGGCGUCGGCGGUUGGCGUGAGAAUGAGGAGAACAGGUUUAAGGAUUUGGAGGAGAGCGCAAGGCAAGGCGAACACUAUCUGGAAAGGGUGCGGGAGCUGAGCCGCGAAUACGAGCAAAGGAUGCUCAAGAUCCAGCGGUACACCAUCCUAAUUUGAUGGGCGGUGAUGAAUAGAUUUAGAGUGCUCGUGGUCGUGCUCGGAUGGGUUGAACAAACCUGAUGAAGGAUGCGAUGUAUUCUUCUCUUUGUUUUAAAAAAAGAAUUGAGUGCAACGGUUAGUUUGAGUUACUUG